CUCUUUAUCUCCUUUAAGGUAUAUUCUGACAAUACAAGUGAGCCAGGCAGACUCUAUCCACUCGGCGUUCCCAUAGGCGGAAGUAAGGAAUAUGUCAGUGAGAGAGAUUCCUAGUAAACGUGUUGACUCUGUGAGGUUUAGCACGUACAGCAGCGAAGACCUGAAGCAGUUGAGUGUGAAAGAAUUAACUAAUCCAAGAUCUUUUGAUGACCUCGGGCACCCAACCUUAGGAGGCCUCUAUGACCCUGCUCUAGGUCCAAGUGAUCGAGAUGAGCUCUGUGGAACAUGCAGCUUGGGUCAGUUCCAUUGUCCAGGUCACAUGGGUCAUGUGACCCUGCCACUUCCUGUCUUCAAUCCGCUCUUCUUUCCGCUUGUUCGUCAGCUCCUUCAUGGUAGUUGUUUAGAGUGUAACCACCUGCUCGCCCCUCGAUGGACCCUGUGUCUGGUAGUCCACCAGCUCCGUUGCUUGGAUCACGGUUUGUUGGGUAGCGUAGGAGACCUUGCCGAAGUGGCCAGUCAGGUCAUCUCUGAAUCGGAUGAUGAAGGAUUGGUUGAUGAGAUGGAGACGAGUCUAAGAGAAUAUGUGGAUAAGAUCCUAUCUGAAUUAAAGAAAGACGAAACCUCCGAAGCACGUCACAUUGAGGAGUGUCGACGUAAUGUCAUCCAGUCCUUCAUACGUCAGCACAUAGCGUCACGCGGUAGGAAGUGUCCUCUGUGCAAGAAACCGGUCCGUGAGAUCCGUCCUCUCCAUAAUAGCGUUAUCCUCACCAAGGUGACCAGUGGUACUGGUCAAGGGCUCCAGAUGGUCUAUCUUUCUCCUCAUGAAGCUAGGAAACAUCUUCGGAAACUGAUGCAAAAUGAUGGUAAAGUUUUACGUCAUAUUUUUGGAGUUCUAGAUCUGCCUAGCAUGCAUGGUGAAGACUCCACUAUAGAUCAGUUCUUCCUAGAAGCACUCCCAGUCAUUCCCUCAAAGUUUAGACCGGUAUCUACUGCGGGAGACAAGACCUUUGAGAAUCCACAGACCGGUAACCUCUCCAAGGUCCUCAAGGAUUGUCACGUAUUGCGUCUCUUGCUGCGGGCCAUGAGGCAAUCUACCGGCCAGGAAGGAUCCGCCGAUGCCCCAGUCAAGACUGAAUUUGAGACUGCGGAGGUCGACAAGGAGAAUGAAGAUCAGAGCAUCUUGAGCUCUGUCCCAGGGAAGACUUUACCGGAGAAACUUCAGAAUGCUCUGACCCAACUUCAGACCCAUGUUAAUUGUGUCAUUGACAGUGACCUUGACAAGGUUUCUACCGAUAAAGCACCAGGCAUCAAACAGCUUCUUGAGAGGAAAGAGGGUCUCUUCAGGAAGCACAUGAUGGGCAAACGUGUCAACUACGCGGCUCGUUCCGUCAUCUCACCCGAUCCUUACAUCAACACGGAUGAGAUAGGUAUCCCAGAGGUCAUUGCAAAGCGUCUGACGUACCCCCAGCCCGUGACUGACUGGAACGCCCAGGAACUCAGACAGAUGGUUAUGAACGGACCUGAUGUUCAUCCUGGAGCUUUACUGAUUGAGAAUGAGGAUGGGUCGCAGGUCAAACUACGAGCAGAUAACCAAUCGCAGAGAGAAUCCGUUGCUAAGAGACUGCUUACACCUAGUAACUUCAAUAAACAAAACAUUGGAUCAAAGAAGGUUCAUAGACACCUUCAGACCGGUGAUAUAGUGUUAUUGAAUCGUCAGCCGACACUACACAAACCAGGCAUCAUGGCUCAUAAGGUCAGAGUUCUUCCUGGGGAGAAAACGCUGCGUUUACACUACUCAUCAUGUAAGACGUACAAUGCUGACUUUGAUGGAGACGAGAUGAACGUGCACUUUCCUCAGAAUGAACUAGGCAGGGCAGAGGCGCUUACCAUCGUGAGCACCAAUCAUCAGUAUCUUGUCCCUAAGGAUGGCACCCCUCUAGGAGGUCUUAUCCAAGAUCAUAUCGUCGCUGGAGUUAGGAUGACGGUCAGAGGUAGAUUCUUUACAAGGCUUGAGUACCAACAGCUUGUUUACUGUUCACUCACUGAUAAAGAGGGUCCUGUCAAGUGCCUUCCUCCGUGUAUGAUAAAGCCCGCCCUCUUGUGGUCCGGGAAGCAACUGAUCUCUACCAUCAUCAUCAACACCAUACCAGAGGGAUGUAAACCGCUUGACUUUGUCGGGAAAUCAAAGAUCACAAAUAAGGCCUGGAUAAAAGGCAAGCCGCACAAACCCAAAGCAGGUGGUAGCGCCCUCGUUGGUCUCGACAUGUGUGAGUCUGAGGUCAUAGUACGAGCAGGGGAGCUUCUCUCUGGUGUGCUGGACAAGGGUAACUAUGGUCCUACACCGUAUGGCCUGGUCCACUGUAUUUAUGAGCUUUAUGGAGGUCACAUAGCUGGUAAACUACUGAGCCAUUUUGGACGUCUCUUCACAACGUUCUUACAACAGCACACCGGAUUUACUCUAGGACCAGAGGAUAUCAUUGUCACAGAAAAGGCUGAUGAGGACCGUCGUGAAACACUGGAUCAAACUAAAGACUGUGGAUCAGAGGCUGUUGCUAAGGCAUUGGGUGUAGAGGAAUUCACCGGUGUCCAUGACAACAGACUUGCAAAGAAAUAUGAAGAUGCCCACAGAAAGCCUGAUGGGAACGAUUUGAAGGAGAUUGAUAGAGAGAUGAAAACAAAGACAGACCAUUUCAGUAAUCAUGUCGGUAAUACCUGCCUGGGGUCUGGGCUGCUCAAGCAUUUCCCUGAAAACAAUCUUCAGCUGGUGGUCCUGUCUGGUGCUAAGGGAUCUGUGGUGAAUUGUCUUCAGAUCUCCUGUCUGCUUGGUCAGAUUGAGUUAGAAGGACGUCGUCCACCCCUGAUGGUCAGCGGACGUUCUUUACCAUCCUUCCUCCCGUAUGAUACCAGUCCUAGGUCCGGUGGUUACGUGGCCGGUCGGUUCCUGACAGGGAUCAAACCUCAGGAAUACUUCUUCCAUUGCAUGGCAGGUAGAGAGGGUCUGGUAGAUACAGCAGUUAAGACUAGUCGGAGUGGAUACCUACAGAGAUGUAUCAUCAAACAUCUUGAAGGAUUGGUUGUCAACUAUGAUCAAACGGUAAGAGAUAGUGAUGGCAGUAUAGUCCAGUUCCAGUAUGGUGAAGAUGGUCUAGAUAUAUCCAGGACUCCGUUCCUGCACAAGGAACAGUUCCCGUUCCUUCUACAGAACUCCAAAGCACAUCUCCCAUCAAGGUCAAAGAAUUCUAGACUGUCCAGUGACCCAAGUCAGGCCGAGAAACUCUUCAGAAAGAUCAAGAGAUGGAAAGAGAAGCAUUCCCAUCGUCCCCGAUCCGAAAGAAGAUCUCCUUUCCUAGAGUUCUGUAACAAAGAAUAUGCAGCCAUCUUAGAACAGAUUCAGUCUGAUGAAGACGAUGUAUUGAGGGCUUAUAACAAGGCUAAGAAAGAGAUCAUCAAGAGAUGGAGGGAGGUCACUGAUAAGCAUAGGUAUGAGAAGAAGACGGCUCCCUGUCCUGACCCUGUAAGUACUCAGAUGAGACCAGACAGAUAUCUUGGUGCAAUCUCAGAGAAACUAGAGACUCUCAUACAUGACUAUCUAGACUCCAGGUUACUGACAUCAAAAGAUAUAGAUGGGACUGAAGAUGAAACCAAACUGAAGAGUUUGAUGUAUAGCAAGUAUCAGAGAGCACUCUGUGAGCCGGGUGAGGCUGUGGGACUCCUUGCAGCCCAGUCCAUUGGAGAGCCUUCAACUCAGAUGACACUGAAUACGUUUCAUUUUGCUGGUCGUGGUGACAUGAAUGUAACACUGGGUAUUCCCAGGCUCAGGGAGAUUCUAAUGGUAGCUAGUGCCAAUAUCAAGACACCUAGUAUGACAAUACCAUUCAUCAAUCCUGACAUAUCGGCUAAGAAGAUUGGCAGGAUACGGAGGCAACUCGGUAGAGUUCAUCUAUCUAAUGUGCUUGAAGAUAUAGGCAUCUGGGAAACCUAUGAGUUCCCCACAGCACAUGAUCAUUAUCGAGUUUACAGGAUUAGACUCAACUUCUUGCCUCAAGUAGAUUAUAAGGAUGAUCACAAUGCAACACCAUCAAGCAUCUUGUCUUACAUCGAAACAACGUUCCUAAAGCAGUUCUUAGAAAUCGUCAAGAGGAAAAUGAAGGAUCUCAAGAAAGCAAACUUUGCAUUAUCCAAGAAAUCUAAGUCCGACUUAGUCGGAGGGGGUGCCGCCGCCACCCGAGGUGAGAAUGGAACAGACUUAGACAUGCAGGAAGACAAUGCAGCCUCUGUAUCAACAAAGAGAGGGUCCAUUUCAUCGGAGGGGAGCGGAGAUGAGGAGGGUGAUGGUACAGCCUCUAAAUACAAGAAGAAACAUGAAGAGGAGAAGGAGUAUGAUGACGAUGAAGGAGAAAUGGAACAAGAGAUGGAAGGAGAAUGGGAAGAAAUCAUAGAUUCAGGUGACGAAGGAAGCGGUAGCAGUAAAGCAGAUAGCCCUGCUACUCCUGAAGGAGAUGGAGUGGAGGAUGAUGGUGGUGGUGGUGAUGCUGAUGAUGAAGCGAUGAAAGAAGACUUGCUCACAUCCAAGCCAGAGGAAUCAUCACCAUCAUCGUCUAAGAAGAAGAAACAACCAGUUAACAUCAGUGAUAGGGAGAAAGAACAGAGAAUACUGGCUGCAGUGAACAUAAGUCCAAUGAUGGAGAUGUAUGACUUUGAUGCUGAUGAACAGUCGUGGUGUGAAUUCAAAUUCAAGGUUGAGCUGACUGAUAAUAAACUAGACAUGGCUUCAUUGGUGGAGGUAGUCUCCAGACAAGCCACUGUCCACCAUGUACCUGGGAUCUAUCGCUGUCUUGUGUCUGGUCAAGGGUCUGGAGAGACUAGACUACUCACGGAAGGAGUCAAUCUACAUGAACUCUACAAGUAUGACAAACUACUGCAGCUAAACAAGGCUUAUACUAAUGACAUCCAUGCCAUGGCCAAUGUGUAUGGGAUAGAAGCAGCUUGCAAAGCUAUCAUCAAGGAGGUGUGUGAUGUAUUCUCAGUAUACGGCAUCACAGUGGACCCUCGUCAUCUCUCAUUGGUUGCGGACUAUAUGACCUUUGAGGGUGUCUAUCGGCCUUUCAAUCGGAUCGGUCUGGAGUCCAAUGCCUCUCCGUUACAGAAGAUGACGUUUGAGAGCUGUAUGAAGUUCCUUAGAGAAGCUACCAUACAAGGUGCAAAAGACAACCUCCAGUCUCCAUCAGCUAGGCUUGUAGUAGGUAGGGUGGUCAACGGUGGAACAGGGUGCUUUGAUCUCAUUCAACCUCUCAUGUAGUUAUACCUCAUCAGCCAACAUUGAAGAUAAAUGCCAGUUGUGGUAACAAUCAUCAGCCAACAUUGAAGAUAAAUGCCAGUUGUGGUAACAAAAUCAAAAUGAGUUCAAACAGAAUCCAAUAAAAUGACCACCCAAGUGUUUGUAUGUAUAAAUAAAAAAUAAUAUUUGCCAAUUGGCUGUGGAAAAAAAUGUGUAAUUGCUGAGAAAUGAGCAAUAUCAGCACAAAAUUCCAUAAAAUGUCUGUUAUUUUUCCAUGCAAUAUUAAUAUACUGUCCCACAUAUGCCUUUUUGUGAGUCAGAAUUAUUGGUUUUCAGCUAAGAUUUCAUGAUUUUACAAAGAUGAGUUGAUUUCAAUGUACUAGAUCUAUGAUAAUAUGGUCAUAAUUUACCUUGAUUUUAAAGGCUUUCUCAUGAAAUUAUUGCUGCAAAUAACUUUCUUUUACCAUUAAUCCAGAGGUUCACAAACUGUUUACAGGUUAAACAUAAUCUUUUACUGAUCAAAUUGGCAACUAUUUAUUAUGAAAAACAAUAUCUCAUGCAACCUCUCAUGUAGUAAUACUACAUCAUCUAACAUUAAACCAUAGAGGUUCACAAACCUUUUAAAGGUUUUAAUGAAUCCCUUAUUCCUCAAAUUGGCAACUAUUUAUUUUGAAAAAACAAUAAAAUCUCGUACAACCUGCCAUGUAGUAAUACAUCAUCUCCAACAUUAACCCAUGGAGGAUCAUUAUCUGUAUUAAGGUUUUGAUCAACCUUUUACUCAAAUUGGCAACAAUGUGGGGAAAAAAUACUGCUACACCUAGAUUUAAAAAUCUAGUUUGGAUAUAACUGUAAAAAAAAAGAAAUUAUUUAUAAAAAGUUGCCAAUUUGUAUUUUGAACCAGUAAUUUAAUUGUUUUUUAGAUUACUAAGUUAGAGAUUGUAAUGAUAAUAAUUAAGAAGCUUAUAUUCAGAAAUGGCAGUACAUACUGCACUUGAAAUUGUACCCUUUUCAUUUGAAUUUGCUCAAGAAAUUUGACAAAUUUGUCUUGUGAUUUAAAAAAAGAAAGUCAGUGAUUAUGAAUUGAAAAAAGUCCUGAUGAAUGUUUACAAAAAUUGUUAUCCAUGAUGCAUGGUGGUAGAAAUCUAAUGAAUGUAUCAUCGAAAUGCUGAUAAUUCAUUCUUUUAAAUUAUGGCAAUUUGAUUUUUGAACCUUUUUAUUUAUUUCUUAUAAAAGAAAUUAUGAAGAUUGGUUUGUUUAUAACUCAAAAAGACAAAAAUAAUGAUUUUCACCUCCCACUUUAGUUAUAGAACUGUCAUAUUUAUUAUCAUUAUUAUUAAUAGGUAUUUCCUGCUGGAAUAUGCAAUCUAGUUCUCUGUGUAGUAGCUGGAAAUGUCUUUAAAUUUAUUUUCUUUGCCUUACCAAAACUGUUCACAAGAUUUAAGGCUCUAUUGUCUCCAAAUAGAAAGUGCUUUUUAGACACAGAUGAUAUUAUAGUCCAACCCAUCUUCAUGGCCGCCUGUCUGUAUAGUAAAACCUUUAGUAAAAACCUGCCUUCAGUGGCCACCAAUAUUGUCUCCUAUCUGAAAGGGAUAUGUAUAAUACCAUGUGAGUUGAAAAAAUGAUGCCUCACAAAUCCCCAAUUUAAGGAAAAAAUAUGUCAUGAACAUAUAAUCAUUAUAUAUGGCUGGAAAGAGUAUGUUCUAAAUGAUUUGAUAUAUUUAUGUGGUAUGUGUUAACGCUUGGAUGAUCAGGAGGUAUUCUUUGCAGUGAUGUAAAUUUUGAUUCUUGCCAAAGUAAUGCAUGACUGCAAUGAAUGAAUCCACAUGUCAAUGUGAUAAUCCUACAAGGUUUUUCAAAACACCUUUGCUAUAAAUUACAUUAUAAUUGUUUAAUUCACAUUAAUUUAAGUUAAUUUCAUUGAAAAGGGAUCAGCAAAUAUGUUUACUAACUCAUGUAGGAUUAUGACAUCAUUGGCGUCUGGAUUCAUUCAUUGCAGCCAUGCCUUACUUUGGCGCAAAUCAAAAUUUACAUCACAGCAAAGAAUACUGUACCUCCAGAUCAUCCAAGCGUUAGCACAUACCACCACAUAAAUAUGGUAUCAAAUUAUUUUGGAGAAGAUACUCUUACCAGCCAAACAUGAUUAUGCAUUAAGGACAUAUAUUUUCCUUAAUUUGAAGAUUUUUUUUUUUUAGAACCCGCACGGUAGAACCCUUUUGUAAAGGCCACACGUCUCCAGUGGUCAUUUAUUCUGCUUUCUUUUGAUGGCCUGUAUAGACAGGGUUGACUGUAAUACUAAACAGGCUGUAUUUAUGCCUCUCUCACCAAAUGAUAUUUGUAAUUAAUGGUAGUAUUAACCCAGUCAUGAACUCAAUUUAUCGUCUAUAAGAAGCUACUAGUCCAUGACCUCUUGAUGAACUUGUUUCCCUGUAUGCCAUGUAGAAGCAUGUGUUAGUAGCUCCAUGGUAGAAGUGACCUGUAUAUUGUAUAGUUCAUCUCAUUAAAACCAAUCACUUUUAGAGGUUACACUCAGGUGAAGGUCAUAUACAGGCAUCUAAUCGUCUGGUCAAUUAAUAAUAAUAUGCAUCUGUAUAGCGCCAUCUAUCUAGAAACAAUCUAUUCCAAGGCGCAUUGUUAUUAUUGUUGUUACCCCGGCUUUAGCUGGAGCUGUCUUUCAGUGCUCAGUGCAUUCAAGGAAUUAAUCUGCUGGGUACCCAUUCACCUCACCCGGGUCGAGUGAGCACAGGGUGGGUAAAUUUCUUGCUGAAUGAAUACACGCGAUGGCUAGGAUUCGAACCCACGACCCUCUGUUUGAAAGGCGAGAGCCAGAACCACUAGACCACGGCGCGCCCACAAUAAUUACAAACAGGAUUGUCCUUUUUCUGUCAUUUUUUUUUACAGCUAUCAAUGAUAAUUGAUCACUAGAAAUACUAUAGAUGUUUCUUUCAUGGUUAAGGAUGCCAGAAAAUCAUUUAGAAUUGAUCCUUCAGCACAUGUAAAGGUGUUUUCUAUGGACAAAAAUAUACUGGAAAGGUAGAAAUUUUUACUUUUGCAUGAAACGGGGCAUCCCUGGAUCAUUAACAAAUUGUACCCCACACCACUUUCCUUAUUCAGUGCAUUGCAAUAUGUAUAUCGGUGGAAAUUUUAAUGUUUUAUUUCUAUCAUUUUUGCCCUUAUUAAAUAUCAAUUCAGAUACACCUUUAUACAUUUUUAUAUUAUAUGUUAUUGGGACAGUCCUUUUGAGGAGGAAAGCGAAAAAUAUUAAUUUUUAUUUCAUAGGAAGGUCAUUAUAAUACAAUAUUUACUUUUCUUUCCUUUUUUUUAUGUACUCCGGUUUUUUUUCUGGUUACAUGGAAAAGACAUUGAAUGUGACAUGUUCCAUACUUAAUGACCAAUCUUGAUAAAUGUACUCCUUGAUUUGAACACUUUGGUGAAUACACUAUACAUGUAUAUAGAAUAUAUCAGCAGUGCGACCUUAUGAAGACUAAUUGCACAGAUUAUUGAGGGUAAUACCUUAAAUCCCAUCAAGAUUUCUCUGAAAUGGACUAUUAUAUAAUGAUUUAUGCCAUUGCAGUUUCAUUAUGAUGGGAAUGACUAUAAUGUAGCUCUACUAAUUCAUCAUACAGGAUUAGUAGCUUGUGAUGCUAUGCAGUCUUACUGAGUAAAAUGAGUGUCUUCCAAGAAAAUGUGAGUUAUACUUUUAUUGCUUGUGUUAAAAUGCAAAGGUUUCAUAUAAUAUGUCAAGUCUUUUGA